CUCUAAUCUAAUCUUAUUUCGAUUAAACCUAAAAACCCUUAAAUUUCAAUAAUUCCUUUCUAAAUUUUAUUACAUUUCCUUUCUAAUCUCUUUUUACACAACCUCAAAAAAACCUCUGGUUUCUUGAAAUGUCGGAAGAAUUCGACGAAUCUGAGAUAAUUUUCUCCGACAGUUUCUUUCCAAUUCGCCGGCGGGAAGAAGUGAUCGAGAAAGAGAACCGUCCGGUCGAUUUCCGUGAAAACUCAGAAAGAGCGAGAAACAAAUCGAGGCGGAGCAAAACGACGACGUUGCCUUCACCGGCGGCUUUCUCAAGCUCGCUUCCGGUGAAUAUACCGGGUAAUAUGAUGCGGAGGUACUCGGAGGAGGAGGAGGAGGAAUAUUCCGACGAAGGAGGAAGGAAAAUGAUUCCGCCGCAUCUGAUCGUUGGACGGAGGAUGGAAGGAGGUCAAAUGGCGUUUUCCGUUUGUACAGGUAACGGAAGGACUCUCAAAGGUCGGGAUCUGAGCCGGGUUCGUAAUUCGGUUCUCAGGUUAACCGGUUUUUUGGAGGCCUAAAUUGGACCAGCUUCGGAUUUUUAUCAAUCUUUUUUUUCAGUCUUCCAUUUUUUUGUGGUUUUUAGUGGAAGAAAUGUUUUUGUAGUUUAAUCCCUUAAUUGAAGAUCGAAAGGAAAAUGUCAAAAAAAAAAAGAACAUUUAAUUCCUUGUUAAUCUAUAUUCUUAAUUUCGAUUUUUCUCAAUUGUAAUAGGAAACAGAAGAAAAAAAUAAUAAUACCAAAUUGAUUGUUCUCGG